AAUAUCCUACAGGGGUAUGUCAGUGUUUUGGUCAACGCCAUAGUUAUUUCCCGCAAAUCAAUUGGAUAAAACGACGAUUGACAUGGCCAUGGCUCACGAUGACGUACGUAUAAUAUACGGACAUAAGGUGAUCGGCACCUAUUCGACAAACCAAGAGGAGAACUAUAUCAAUGAUAAUAGAAACAGACGUUUUUAUUUGGCUCCCGGUGACGGCUUCAAAUUAAGUUAUGGAGAGGAAUUUAAUAAUUUCACGGACAGGAAGGGGGAGUCUAACCUUGUCGGAGGAAGAUACAGGUGGAUGGAAGAUCAUCGGCAGGAUCUGAUAGACAAUCAAAUUUGGGAUAUAGAACAAUCAAGGUUGAAUGUGGAUUUUGUUUCACAUCGAGGGGUGCUUUCCAGCAUUUUGCAAAUGGGAGGAAAAAAGUUCUUGGAAAUUGACCUUGCCGUCACUCUCUACAAAGGUACCUACCACCUCCGUUCGAAGGGUCUGGGUAGAGCAGACCCUCAAGCUCAAGACAUUCAGAAAAUAGCAGCAUCCUCCAAGAUCCUUCUUCAGUUUGUGACGAGCAAGGAUGGGCUAAACCAAGACGAGCCUCCCCCAGACGACCAUACCCCAGGCGAGCCUGCCCCCGCAAAGGGGAAUGAAUACUUCUAUACUUUGAUGACGGUCAACUGCGGGAAUCACCGCCUGCUUUUGUCUGGUGAUAUACAGGCAGAAAAGAGAAUCGCCCCUGAUGAGCCACCUCCAGCAUUGCCAGACCCAACUAACUGUAUGAAUGUCCGCUCGAGGGAAACACAUCAAGAUAUACAACCUAUGAAGGCCUUAGCAUGGUGGGCAUCAAAUGUGAUUGCGGGCAUUCCAGAAAUCUGCUGUGGGUUGCGAAACGACAAAAAAAAUACCAUCAAGAAAAUAGAACCCAUAAAAACCUCCGAUCUGGCGACGUCUGGAUAUACUGAGAACCGUUGGGAUCCUGAAGUUUGCAUCCGAAAAAUGGAGUCUCUGCUUUCUCAGAUAAAAGAACUGGUACCAGAAGAUGAUCCAAAUUCUAUCAAGCAGGCCGUUCUCAUAAUCAGGCCUGUAGACGGGGGCCCAGGAGUGGAAGAUCGCAUGCGGAACCGAACAUUCGAAAUCCGGGAGCGGCUUGAGGAAGAUCGGUUUGUAGAGGAACACGAACUCCGGUGCAUCUUCGAGGGCAAUGAAUAAUAAGAGGAGUUAAAAUAUAGAUAUAACUCGUAUCACUUUCUUUGAGCCUAAUCCAACAAAAUAUACAAAUAGAAAAUAGAUAAUUUAGGGCUACCGUAAAACCUGAGUUUAAAGACCACCCAAGGGGGAUACGAAAAGUGCUCUUUAUAGGCAGAUGGUCUUUGUGUUCAAGUUCCAUUUGUAGACGUUUUUUCAAUGAUUAGUAUUGCAUAGGAAAUGCAUGAUGAAUGAAGUCUUAUAUAAAGUUAAAUGUAGGUUUUACAAACAGGUAGUCUAACUGUACAGGAUGUCGCUAGGGCAGAUUUUACUGCACAUGGCAAAAGAAAAAUAGAAAGAAAGAACUAAAAGGGCUCGCGAAGUCGCAACUCAGAACGUUCAACAUUAUUGUAUUGAUAAGAACUUUCAGAUCGUCACUCGACGAAUCUACGCUUUUUGUCGUUGUAGAUAUGUGUAGAAACAUUACUAUGAAAAUUCUUUUGCUGUUUAUUUUUUCUUCUUCAUAUAGAGCUGUAAUUAUGCACGAAAUAAAUGCGUUUUCGUAUAUCUAAUACAAGGCAGGCAUGCAGUUACCCAUUCCCUGAAAUAACUGACUAUUUUGUGAUCGUUGAAUUUGAUACAUUUUUGGAUGUAACAUUUACUUAUAACAAUAUUAUGCUUUGAACUAAAGUCUUCUGUACUAAUACGUUUAAAAUCAGUCAAUGAAAUUGCCAUAAUGAACUACAAUAAUAGUUAGUGCACACGUGAAUACCGUAUUAUGAGAAAAAUUGCGUAAAUUAUUAUAGAAUUAAAUGUCAACAGUCAUGGUAUUUUUUUCUUAGAGUAGUGUUUCGUAGCUUUUAAGAUUGUCAUAUUUCUGUUGUUUCUGUAUUAAAAAAAACCUCAUAUCAUAAAGAGGUAUACACGUAUGCUUUCCGUAUACAAUUCAAUUCAAGGUUUAUUAAAAUAUAUCUUCGCAGCCGUUGAUCGCUGGAUUUUGAUAUAGUUCACAGAUAAAAGUAUAUACAAGUAUUGGAUGUUUUAUCAUUUUUCAAAACAUUAUGCUAAAGUUAUCAUGAAUUUGUGACCUUUUGUUUCGUACUUUCAUCCUAAUACAAUUUUCUGAUCGUCGUUUUGACACAUAUUUGCAUGUUACAUUAAUUUAUAGAAAAUGCUUUUAACUAAAGUCAUACGUAAUAAUUAACUACCA